UGCCGGGCUCCGUGCCCGGGAGCUGAAACCGCCGCCGGCCCGGGAGCCCCACCGGCAGCCCCCGGUGGGAGCAUCGCGCUGCGGGUCACCUUGCAGGGAGGAAAAUGGGAGCCACUGCCCCAGUGUGACCUGUCUCUGAGGCACAACAAAAUAAAGACCACCCGUCCCACUCCCUCAGACACCUCCCAGUAUGGAUGGCUUGGUUGAGCAGAACAGCGUGCUAAUGCACAAUAAGAUCGCUGAAGCCGGGAAAAGGAAUGGUUUAAUUAAUACAAGGAACUUAGUGGCAGAGAGCCGAGAUGGUCUGGUCUCUGUGUACCCGACCCCCCAGUACCAGACCCACCGAGCGGGCAGCCUUUCCUCUCCGAGCUGCCUAGAGAACGGCAGGAAUGACCCCGUGCAGCAGCUCCUGGACCCCAACAUGCUGCAGCAGACGGUGGAGUCUCACUACCGGCCCAACAUCAUCCUCUACUCGGAGAACGUGCUGCGCUCGUGGGGCGAGAGCAUCGGCUCGGAGUGCUGUGAAACUACCUUCAUCGAGGACCGCUCUCCCACCAAAGAUAGCCUGGAGUACCCGGACAGCAAGUUCAUCGAUCUCUCAGCGGAUGACAUCAAGAUUCACACUCUGUCCUAUGAUGUGGAGGAAGAAGAGGAUUUCCAGGAGCUAGAGAGCGAUUACUCAAGUGACACCGAAAGCGAAGACAAUUUCCUGAUGAUGCCACCAAGAGAUCAUCUCGGCCUCACUGUCUUCUCCUAUGCUCUGCUGCUUCUGGCCAUUGGGAAUUGCUGCCUUUAACCUGUCUCAUGAAGGUAACGUUAAAAUGUCUCCUGCUAAUUCAGAAUUUUGCAUCCACGGAUGUAGCCAUCACCCCACACUAGCAAGGAAAGCUCACCAAAAACCCAAACGUGGGCAAGAAUUCUUCAGGGUAGUGGGAGGUGGCUGAACAGGGUAGUGUGUUUCCCCACCUUGAUAUGUCUCUGUGACAGUGGUGGUUGUCUUGUGAGAUACUUUGUUGAGGGGGGAGGUCUACAAAAUAUUUUAGGUUUUAAUUGGCAAUGGUCAGGUUCCAUGUCAGAUUAUACAAAGUCCAGCUAGGGAUUUUCUGCAGACGUGACUUUUGAGUGGAAAGCACCCUUGCUAUCUCAAAGGCUUGGAUUUCCCAUUGGAAAAACUGAUCUAUUGGUUCCCAAGGUGAUCAUCUGGAAAAGCAAACCAGGUAAUCCCCUUCCAGGAGCAGAAAGAUAAUUUCUGUCCUGCAGAAGCAAAUUUGCUUUCCAGGAACCAUUUCUUUCCCUCCUGAAAAAUUGCUGUCUGUUCUUCUUGUCCAAUUUUAAAUGGAAUAUUUUUUACCAGAGAAGUGACAGUGUUGUGGUUUGUUUCCUUCAUAAGAAGGGCUUGCUGGUUUCACAGCCUGUGCCUGACUAACAACCACCUCGGUGCCCCAUCAUUUGUUUCGUACAAGUAUGUCUUCAUAAGUGCCUGCAGAGUAAUUAUUGAGUUUCCCAGCAUGGCAGAUAAUGUAACGUGACAGAAAAGGAGUCACACUGGAAGUCUCAUCAGUGACUGCAAGGAAAUGUUAGCUUUCAUUCCCUAUCUACUGGUGGUAGCAAUGCCUAUUGCAAACUACAGUCUGUACUCCACAGCAACCAAAAUCAUUCACCCUCUCACCUGUCUUUCUAUUUUGUCCUGCUCUACACAUCUACCGGCACUGGGUAUUUGUCAAGCCAGAGCAGGCACUUCAGAUCUAAAGAAUCCUAGUCUUCAAUAUCAAAGAAAUAGAUACAGCACUACUAUUUUUUGCUUUAAAUGAAGUGUCUGUCAUUGAACUUGGAAGCCUCUGAGACAAUUAAAGUUUGUGUGGUGGAAAAUAACAA